GUAUUGUGCUACAUUUGAUCACCAACAAAUACACACACACAACCACUAUCCACCAUUUGUUGAAGCUAUGGUAUCCUUAUUCAAAGCACUGUCCAUGACUCCAAGAACUGAAGUUAAAGAAGAAUUUGAAUCAUCGAGGAAAAGAAAGUUUGAGGAACCAUUUACCGAAGAAUUCUUCAAGGAUCAAACAAAUUUAGAGAAAAGGAAAUCCACCUUUGAUACAAAGCCUCCCCUAGAGACCAUGUUUCCUUCAAAUAAUUGGUGCCAAUACCUUGGUAUUCAGUCAGGGCAGAUACAAUUGUGUAACACAAGACCGGAUCGGACAACGAUAGAAACCUCAAAACGAAGCCUGCGACAACCUCUUUCUGAUCACAUGAGCUUAGACCUUGAGCUAAACUUGACAUGUGAAUCACAAAGGAAAAAAGAAAACAGUGAUCAGAAGAAGAAUUCUGGUAAUUCUCCCAAGAGUUUGUCAGAACAUGAUGAUCUUUGUAUUGAAUCAAGCAAGUUUAAGAAAGAUUCAGGUGGUUUAAACGGUUCUCAGUCGUGGUUGUCGACAACCGAAGGAGAUUACAAAGAGAUGGUUGCUACAGUUUGCAUGCAGUGUCACAUGUUGGUUAUGAUAUGCAAGUCUUCUCCUGCCUGUCCUAACUGCAAAUUCAUGCACUCACCAGAUCAGAACCCUUCGAAAUUCUUGAAGAGCAGGUGCAGCUUCUUCUGCUCUAGUUAGGAACCGCAGAUACUACUCAUGUAGAAAAUCUUCAGCUUUUAUAUACAUCAUAUGGCGCAAAUGUAUCAAUCAUCCUAUGUUAUCUAUCUUGUUCUUUUCUCCUUAUUCCCUUUCCUUAUAUAUAUUAGCCUAGUAUAUAAUCA